AUGGAAAAAUGCAGUUCGAAUUUGAGUUUUGUUUCCAUGUAUCAUCAUCAUCUUCUUCUUCUUCUUAUCGUCUCUUUCUUAAUCUCUUCUGUCAAAGCCAGUUCUGCAGUGCAGUUGAUGGACAACUCAACCCAAGAUCCUAUGUGUGAAUUUGUGGACUGUGGGGAGGGCAGAUGCAUAGCUUCCAAUGGUGUUUUGGGUUUUGACUGUGAGUGUAAUCCCGGUUGGAAGAAGAUUCGGAUCGGGCCCUUGACCUUUCCCUCAUGUGUUGUUCCCAACUGUACACUUGAUUUACAAUGUGGCAAAGGGGUGUCGUCACCGCCACCAAGUCCAACACCGGCUUCUCUCCUCCCACCAUCCUUCAAUUUACUAGACCGUUUUAUAGUUAGGUAUAAGGCAACUUUAGAGCAGGCUGCACGGGCCUUGGCUUUGGACAGCAUUCCCCACCAUCACCCAGUCUUUCAGGAUCAAUUCGAGUCUCAAAUUGCUGGAGUUGUCUUCAGGCACUCACCAUGGUGGCAUUAG